GAAUUUCGUUGCACCAGCAAGUGCGAGAAUAUUUCGCGGUGAUAGCAGCCUAGGUAGGCACGCCACGGCACGGCACGCCGGCGUUUUUCACUGCCGUUGUUUCGCCGAAUGAACGACGAAGCUCUGACCGUUGCCUUUUGAGGCGCCUCAAAAGGCGCUGAGCGUUGCCUGCUGUUAGAAAGGAAGCCCGAUGUUGGGCGCAUCGCCUGGCAUGCGGCGGCAGGAUUUGGCAGAAUACGCAUAACUCCCCUUUUUCUACCUAUUUCCAGGCCGAUCCGACACUCCCCUCUUGCGAAUGCAGCAGUUAGGGUUUCAUUUUAGACCAUUCCGUAACGCGGAUGAAGCUGUUGGCGUUUGUAGAGUUUCUCCGUGCGUCGCUGUCCGCACGUGACGUGCUCGUCUCCCUGCUCGCCCUUUCCCUCGCCUGCCACGUGGCACGCGUUCCGCAAUGCACGGAGCUCUCCCACUGGUGCGUCAGAAGCUCCUGGAAGGCGGCACGGACGGAGAGUCUCGACCCGGUCGUCGUCGAGGCGCGUCAGAAGGCGAAUGGGUUGCGCGAAGCGCAGGAGCCGCAGCAGCUGAGGCGCCAGUUACAGGAGCAAGGAGGGGAGGAGGAGCAACUGUCCCGGAACAGAGCGGGGAGAAGAGAGCUUAGUACCACCGGACGUCACAGCUUCAAUGCCGAGCCAGGACGUUCAGGUCGGGGCCGAACCUCGCCAACAGGCUCGGAGACAGGCUCGGGAGCUGGUUCCGAACCAAGGCAGUCUCCUCCUUACCCCUCCCUCGCCCUGUACACGGCUCCUAUCGGGUAUAACACCACUAUGACGGCUUUAAAGCGCGCUGUGCUCUCUUGGCUACGCCUCGCCCCUCCUCCCUACACCCCUAACGUGUAUUUAAUAGGCUCGGAUCCGCUUAACUACUCCCAGCCGCACCCGUCCCUAGUGUGGCUUGCGAAGCAGUUCCCAAGGCACGUGCACGCUAUAGGCGGCUCAGGGGAGCGCAGAAGAAGGGGGCAAUGGGCGGAAAGGGGGGUAGCGGAAGGGGAAGUGGUGGGAGGGGAUAUGGGCGAAGGGGAUAUGGGGGAAGGGCAUUUGGGGCAAGGGGAUUUGGGGCAAGGGGAUUUGCUGGGAGGAGGGGUGGAUGUGACUUAUGACGGUGUGAUUAAAAUGAAUUCGCUGUUUGCAAGGGCGAUGGCUGAGAGAGAGGCGGAUGUAGCGGGGGUGGUUGACCCGGAUGUCGUGCUGCUGGGAGAUGUGACUGCGGCUGUAGCGCGGCUGACGUGGCAGGAGGAGCAGGAGAGGAGGGAGAUGAGAAAGUGGGAAAGGGGGUGGUGGAAUGGAGAGAGCAGGAGGGAGGGGGGAGCAGAGGUAGAGGAGGAGCGAGAGGGGGAGCGAGAGGGGGAGCGAGAGGGGGAGCGAGAGGGGGAGCGAGAGGGGGAGAGAGUGGGAGGAGGGAUGGGGCACAGGGGCAGGCGGCUGAGGAGAAGGGGCUCCACGGAGCAUCAGGGCGAGCCCCCCCGAUGGGCCCUCACCUCCUCUCUCUGGCGCGUUGGCUGGUUCCCCUUCGUUCUGGACAACCUGCCUUCGGAGAUCCAGCCGGCCAAUCACAAGCCGCCAGCUGGCGUGGACGAGGCGGGCGUGCGGAGAUUUCUGGGGAGGCAUGCUGAGCUGGACACUGGAGGGCCAGUCGGGUUCGUGAUGUGGAGUCAGAGACAGUUCCGGGAAGCUUCCUCUGCUGCAGCUACAGCAGCAGCAGCAGCAGCAGUGGGUGAGGGAGAAGCAGCAAGCACUGUAGCAGCGACGCCCGCAUUCAACCGGAACGGGUUGCGGGUUUCGUUGUUUUCGGAGCCCAUGCCGCCCUUCCUGUAUGGGCGGGGGCCUCAGGGGUGGCAGUGGGUGCUGCGACAGCUGGCACGGGAUAGCCGAGGGGAGGAGAUGGGGAGAAGGGGGAGAGAUGGAGAAGACAGGGGGGAGGGGCGAGAGGGGAAGAAGGGAGAGGCGCAGGAGGGAGCGCGAAGAGUGGAGGGGAGGUGGGCGCAUAGAAGGGCGUGGUACUGGAUGGGGGAGGGGAGGGGGAAGGGUGAGGUGGGGAGAGGGAGGAGGCUUGGGGAACAGCAGGUGAUGCGGCAUAUGGUGCAAGCACAUGGAAGAGAUGCGAGCACCGAGUAUGGCUCUCAGCAGCAUAUGGUGCAUGUGGUGGAUGGCACCGGUGCUGCCACUGCCAUCCGCAUCGACCCACAGUAUGAUGCCGAGAAGGAGGCAGAGAGAGCGAGGGGCGGCGCUGAGGGGAGCGUGAGGUGGAUGGCGCUGCCACGUGUGCAGGGUGCCACGUGGCACGGGCAGGUGAAUGCCAUGCUGCUGCAGGGGACUGAGGAGGGAGGCCAGGCAUGGGAGUGGGAGCGGACAGGAGGGGAGCCCACAGUGGCGCAUCUGCGAUGGCGCAUGGUCAUGUGCCAUGGGGCGGAAGGCGAGCACCCCUGUCUCAUGCGGCGCAUCCGCCCCGGCAUCUGCCCCUGUGAACACGCCUACACCGCCCGCCGCUCCUCCCUCCCCUCCUCCUUCUUCCGCGGAGGCCCCUACUUCGCCUGUUCCCCCGACCCUCCGCCUCCUCCUCCCCUCCCCGUCCUUGCUAUAAGCCCAAGGAGGUGGGAUGGUGGAGGGGAGGGAGUGCGGGAGGGAGUGGGGGAGGGAGGGGGCGAGGAGGGGGGAGGGAGAGAGGUGGUGGUGGUGCAGCCUCGGCGGUUGGAGGAGGUGUUGGUUGAGGUGGCGGAUGAGAAGAAGGCGGUGGUGCUCGUGGCUGCCACUCACAACUACGCUUCCAUGCUGCUCAGCUUCGCAUGCAUGCUCCGCCGCCUCUCGAUCACCAACCUCUUGGUAGCAGCUCUCGACCCUGCUAUGUACCGCACUGCACUCUUGCACGGUCUGCCAGUGUACUACGACAACAGCACUGCGGCCGCAGCUGGGGUAGACGUAUUAGCAGCAGCGGGAGGAGCAGCAGAAGGAGCAGCAGGAGGAGCAGCAGGAGGAGCAGCGGAUUGGUGCCCCUUCAACAGCCACUGCUUCCGGCACUACACCAAGCUGAAGAGUAGAGCCGUGCUGCGAGUGCUGCGGCUGGGCUAUGCCGUGCUUUGGAGUGACGUGGACGUGGCGUGGUUUGAAAAUCCACUGCCAAUGCUGUGGCAGUAUGGGGAAGGGGUGCUGGCUAUACAGAGCAACGAGCCCGACCCCUCCCAGCCGGCCAACAGCAUCCGGCGGAUCAACAGCGGCUUCUACCUCGCUCGCCCCGACCCCCUCACUGUUGCUGCUUUCACCGCCGUUGUGAAGCAUGCGGCUCACUCGAGGCUGUCGGAGCAGCCGUCCUUCUAUGACGUGUUGUGUGGGGAGCACGGGGAGAGGCGGGUGGGCUCUGACGCGUGUCAGUGGACCAAUGGCCUGCGAGUAGUCUUCCUGCCACGUCAGCAGUUUCCAAAUGGGGCAGUUUACCAGCUGUGGGGGACCGGGGGAGGGGAUACCGGUGGUGUGCUCCCAGCAGAGCGUGGGGAGGCCGGUGGUGUGCAGGGGGGAAUGGUCCCUGCUGGGAGCGCAAGCGCGAGGGAGGAGUGUGAGAGAAGAGGGUGUGUGGUUCUGCACAGUAACUGGAUUGCAGGCUACGAGGCGAAGGUAUCUCGCAUGAAGAGCGAGGGACUGUGGUACCACGAUACACCAAACCACAUGUGCUUCGAUCCCUCGUGGUGGAACCAAUGAAUCAUGUCAUACCGUAUCCUACGUGAUUCCCUAGUGCUGCUUGCCUUUGGAUUUAUAUCGUGACGCAAGCCACAAAAUCUCGAGCCCUGCCUGUUCAUUCGUUCAUUUGCUUAGUUCCAUACAUGGAUUGAUGCCAUAAUGAUUUAUGUUUUGCCAUGAAAGCAUUUCUUGUUAAAACCUGA